CUGCAGCUUCGGCCGGGCUGGGACUCCGAGGAUGGACGAGGCGGCGCUGCUGCGGGAGCGGCUGCAGGCCAUCACGGAUAAAAGGAGAAUACAGGAGGAAAUCUCCGAGAAGCGCCUGAAGAUAGAGGAGGAGAAGCUGCAGCACCAGCACCUGAAGAGAGAGGAGAGAGAGAGAGAGAAGAGAGAAACAUCGAUCAGUUGCCUCCCAUCCGCACCCAGACAGGGGACGGAACCUGCAAGCGGGGCCUGUGCGCUGACCAGGAGUAGAGCCAGCAACCUCUCUGUGUGCGGGACGGCGCUCAGCCAACUGAGCCACACCGGCCGGGACAGUAACGAUUUCUUAAACACCUACUAUGUGCCAGGCACUAAGCUGGACGCUCGCCAAAGCUUCCAAAGAGCUGAGCGCCAAGAAGGCAGCCCCUCGCUGCCUACCCGGGGAGUGGCCCAGCCUGGGGAACCCCCCCUGCCCCGGGGCGCCCCCCCCCCCCGCACGGUGGGGCCGUGGCUCCCGAGACACACACGCUGCCUCAGCCCUGCCCAAGGCUACGGCGAAACCCGCCAUAGACCGCAUCCCAGGCGCGGCCUCGGGGACACGCCACGCCGCUCUGUUCCACUCGCACCGCAUCCCAUGUCACUGCCCACGUCACUCCUAAGCCUCCAUCACUUUGGACAGCGUCGUGUUGAAGCAGAGAAACUCCUUGGCAGGGGCCUCGCCACCAGCGCCUCCCAGAACCAGGCUCGGCAGCCAGAGGGAAACGGCGAAGCCAGGCCUGACUCCUGGGCAGAGGACGGUCCACCCGGCGGAGAACGGCCCCUGGCAAACCCCUCAGGAAGGGCCGGACAGAAAGGCUGCUUCCACAUGCUUGAAAAAGAGAUCCAAGACCUAGAAAGGGCGGAGCUGCAGAUCUCGACUCACGAGGAGGCGAUUUUAAAGAAACUGAAAUCCGUGGAGAGGACCACGGAAGACAUAAUAAGGUCUGUGAAGGUGGAAAAGGAAGGAACGCCAGGAGAGUCGAUUGAAGACAUCUAUGCUAAUAUCCCCGACCUUCCAAAAUCCUACAUCCCUUCCCGAUUAAGGAAGGAAAGAAAUGAUGGACUAGAAGACGAUGAGCAAAAUAGAAAAGCGCUGUACGCCAUGGAAAUCAAGGUGGAGAAAGACCUGAAGACGGGCGAGAGCACGGUGCUGUCCUCCAUCCCGCUGCCGUCGGAGGACUUCACGGGCGAGGGGGUGAAAGUGUACGACGACGGGCGCAAGUCGGUGUACGAAGUCAGCUCCGACCACCCGGCCGCGCUCAACGGCACGGACAGCCUGGGGCCCGUGGAGGUGGAGGACCUCCUGAGGCAGGCGUCCGAGAGGAGCUCCCGGUCCCCGACCGAGUACCACGAGCCCGUCUACGCCAACCCCUUCUGCAGGCCCACCACCCCGCAGAGGGAGAGAGCAGCCCCCGGGCCCACCACCCAGGAAAGGAGCCAGAGGCAAGCGAACGGACUGGGGGGCGACAGGAACCACUCCGUCCACCACGUGGACAACGGGCUGUCGGGGGAGAGGGGCGACCGCUGGCAUCCCGACAGCCCCCCUCGGCCGACCCCUCACCCGCGCCGAUGGGUGAUUCCACAAGCAGAGAGGCUGCCGGCCGCUUGGGAAGGAGCGGAUGGGACAGACGGGCCUCCGGACAAGCAGGCGCCCUCCCCCAAGGCCGGGCCGGGCCCCAGAGGAGGGCUCGCUGGGAGGUCUGAGCGCCAGGGCCCUUCUCCCACGUGGCAGGGGGCCGAGGAAGACGUGCGCUACAACAUCAUGCACUCCCUGCCCUCUGACAUGGACGGCGCGGAGCCCGUGACCAUGAUCUUCAUGGGGUACCAGCAGGCAGACGACGAUGCGGAGGAGCGCGGGGUCCUGACGGGCUAUGACGGCGUCAUCCACGCGGAGCUGGUUGUCAUCGAUGAGGAGGAGGGCGAGGGAGAAGCUGGGAAACCUGCCCCCCAGCCCAGGGCGUCCCACGGUCAGGCGCCCCAGCCGGCCAGGCCGACACCUCUCCCCAGGAAGAGAGCGGAAGUCAAGCCCCCGGAGCACGCACGCCACCCUUCUCCCCACAGACACUCCAUGUCGCUGAGAGAGCAGGAAGAACGCCUGGGCAGCCCCGUCCACCCGCCUCCACACACCGCUCCGAUGGCCGGGGACGGCACGGAGGACCCGUCGCUCACAGCUUUAAGGAUAAGAAUGGCAAAGCUGGGGAAAAAAGUUAUCUGAGAGGUGUACCAUCUACAUAAACAUACUUUGGAGAAGAAACUACGAAAUGUUUGCCACUUUCUCUCCUGGAUACUGUGUUUCUUUCUUUUUCUUUUCGAUCCAAAAAAAAUUAUGAUUAUACCCAUAUUAAGCCAUGUGAGUAAGCAAUAGCCAUUAUUUGUAAAAUAUAUAUAUAAAUAUAUAUAUAUUGCAAAAAAGCUGGGAGAAUGAACACUCAGCUUUUCCAGUUACUUGACAUGAUUCAGUGGGGGUGAAAACCAGAAUAUUUUUAUUGUAUUGAUACCAAAACAUUUCUAAUAAGAGCUUGUUAAAUUUAAGAAUAAAGUUAUUUAAAA